AUGAGUAAGCAAGGGAAGGACAAGAAGGAAGUAGUAGAUGAAGGCGCAGCUAUCACCUAUCCGAGUGCGCAGUGGGGGAACAUCUUUGGUAACUAUCUUUGGUUUGUGAAUGCGAUGUCGACGAAUUUAGAAAUAGCCCGAAUCUUUGGGGAGAGUUUGCCUAUAGGAUCUCAGGAUUUGUUUAGUUCGAUCAUAUGUGAAGUUUUUAGUGAGUUUCAUGUGAUUGAUGAUUUCAUAGAACUUCUCUUAAAAGAGGAAUUUCAGACGAAUGUGUUGACGGCAACACUUUUUCGAACAAAUUCGUUGUGUACCAAAGUUCAAACGGCGUAUGCUAGAAAAGAGUGUCAAGGUUUUAUGAUGACUGUGUUUCAACCGAUCAUUCAAAAGAUCAUUAAUCUUCCUUAUGCGCUUGAAUUGGACCCAUUGAAGCUUCAAAGUAGUAAACCGGGGAUCACCGACGACCAAAUGAAAAGUGAAAUAGAAAGUAAUUUAAAACGAUUGGAGGAAUUGUGCGAUGAAGUCAUCGCGACGCUUCGAAGACACUUGCGAAGCACUCCGCAAGCACUUUGUACGAUCUGUCGACAAAUUCGGGAGAGUUGUUUUCUGUAUCAUACGGAUGACCCUGACAUUGCGUUGUCUUUAGUUGGUGGAUUUGUAUUUUUAAGACUCUUUUGUCCCGCUAUGGCCGCGCCUGAAGGAAUGAAUUUAUCAGGGACGUCAUUAGUCCCACCCACAGCACGAAGGACUUUAAUUUUAUUAACAAAAAUCCUUCAGAACAUCGCAAAUAAUGUCAGAGAAACUAAAGAGCCAUGGAUGAUAGAUUCCCUCAAUUUUGUGAUCUCUAGAGGACCCGCACUGC